AUGACAAGCAUGGAAUUUUCUGUACGCCGCUUGGCUCCUGAAGGCAACAGUAUGAUAUCCGACCUUUCCGACGCAGAAUUGGAUUCAGCGCAUGUCGCCGAACAGAAGAAUCAUCACCCUACACCAUCGGUCUACCGUGUGUAUCCAGAAACCGAAAUCUGGCUCAAUGACGAUGCUUCGUCAUCUCGUUCCAAUGUCUACUCAGGAAACCACUUGGAUAUUUUUACAGGACAACGUCGUAGUCAUCAAUAUAAUCUACGCAACAGAGUGGUCCUUUGCCGAGUUGCGGUAUAAACGGAAGGACCGCAUGAGAGUACGCGUGUAUCGCCACUUCUCCAGUCCAGUUUAGUACGGCUUAGAAAUCCACUAACUUUUUGUUUUUAUUGGCCAUCACCGAUGUUUACUCCAAAAACGCUAACUAGACUGAUUCCUUCGAGGAUACCCUAUCGGUCACUCAAGCUGGCCAAGCCGAAUGUGAUUGUACCCAACCUUUAUGAUAAAGCCAAAUAUCGCCUGGGAUUUGGCGACCUUCGGUACCCAACGACUCAGUUGACUGCUGCUGGAGAGAAUAUGUUUGCAGUGUGUGCCGAAUAUCCCGUAUUUGAGGAAUUUGUAGAGACGCUAGGUCUACCGGACACAUUUCAGUCAUGGUUUUCCCUAACGACUUUGCACAUGUGGCUAUGCUUGGUACGUUUGCGGCAGGAAGGGAUCGAGGGUCAACUUCUGAAGCGGCCGUUUGUCAAUGUAAGUUAACCCGUUUCACCCCUAUUGUUGUAGCUCUUCUGGUUAGAUUUGAAACCCCGACUGCGUACGUUCAAGAUUUUACGCAGACACCACUGGCAUAUUACUGCCUUCCGGAUGCAAUUUUUUGGUGCAAUUCUCGCCUACGACGAAGGCUUCUUGGCACACUCCGAUACUCAUUUAUCUGUUGCUUUGUGGCGCAACUUGUUUGUCUCGUCCCCAACAACCACACUUGGCCAACUGGAACAAGCCGUGGACUAUGUUCGGAAGAAUCUGCAACAUCUUGACAAUUUACCCUCAUCCGUUAUAUUACGUUUCGGAACACCAACUUUUCUUCCUUUAAAUGGGACUACGUUGGACAGGGAAUUUGCUCACCAGCGUCUUAUAUACUGUGUUUCCUGGCCUAGUUUUGCGAGGUAGCAUCAAGUAUCCGGCCGCACGCAAUAGUAGCUACAUGAUUUGAGAAUAUUAAAGUGUACAGUGCAAUAAACCCCG